UCGCGCAUAAUUCAGCUUUUUCACAAUAAGAAAGUUAUCAUAAGCGAAUCACUUGUGCUAAUAAAUUUUUUUUUUAGUAAAAAUAAUUGAAAACAUUAACUAGACACUAAGUACGUUAAAUAAGAGUGAGGACUUACCGCAAAAACUUCUUUUUACCAAAAUCUGUGAGGUUAUGACCGCUACACAUCAGGUACAAGUGGCUCCACUCUCGGCUCGACGUGGUUUUUCAAAUAAUCUGUCAGAACCCGGGUCUGGAUCGAUAAGAAAAAGAUUGCCUCAGUUGUGGGCCGCAAUGCUCAAAACACCAUGGCUGUCAGAGUCAUAGCAAUGGCAAUCUCAGCAACUUAGUGUAUUCGGGUUAUUGUUUAGUUUUCUUAAUACUAUAAAGACCUUAACAUAAACUAAUUUUACAACAUUAACAAUCUAUAAUGUAAAAAUUUGUUGUAGAAAAACUGCAAGAAAAAGUGCUUAUAUAAAACGAGAAUAGUUAUGAUUGCGUAUACUAAUAUGAAAAGAAUUGUGUGACUCGGAGUGACCUAAGAAGUGCUAGGUGUGAGCUGGCCUAAGCUGCCGCUCGCGCUAAGUUGCUUGCAGAUGGUGGGGUCUCAGCAUCCUCGUAGUAGUCGAACCAUCUUGCGACACGACCAUGGGAAAUGAAAAUAUUGACGAAGCAACUUGGCAACAAAAGCUUCUUUUUUAUAUCACGGCAUUCUUUGUGUUACUCGGCAUAUUCAGCCUCUUCUCAUUCCUGUUUCUGGUGCCUUUUGUCAUAGACCCUGCCUUUACUACUAUUUUUAUGGAAUUUGACGAGGAACCUGCUCUAUGUGUUACAGUUAAAACUCAAAGAUUAAUAGGAGCUUCAAACUGCAGUUGGACAUCUUGCAGAGAAGGUUGUACCAAAGAUAUUUAUGAUUGUUUACAAAUAUUUGUCACUUACAAAAAAAUGUCUAAUAACUCUUACUGGAAUUCAAGUUAUAUUCCUCCAGGUGUUGCUACUAUGGAAACACCGUUUGUAAGACAGGAAAAAAAUUUAGACGACUAUGAUUACGAAAGUGAAUUAACAACCGGAUUACAACCGAACACUUCAGAAUGGUACUAUAAAGAGGCAAGACUAUUACCAAAUGUUAAAGGCUGUGGCUAUCCACCAAUAUUGAAUUGUUCCAUUUGGUUAAAAAAUUAUAAAACAGUUGGUUCAAAUUAUUCUUGUUAUUACAGUAAAAUUGAUCCUGGGUUAGUGAUCAGCGAUCUAGACAUGUGGCAGGUUUACAUGAACUUGGUCUAUGCAAUGUGUAUACCUAUUCCAUCAUUCAUUAUUUCUGUUAUUUAUCUGGCAUUUGCUUACUUUAAAAUAUACACUGAUGAUGAGGAGGCGGCACCCCUGGAGAAAAACGCCGAAGAAAUUGAUGUAGAAGGCGAAAAUGAAAUAAACCAAACACCAAUACCUUCAGCCAGUGGAGGUAUUACUCCAGGAAGUGAAGCAUUUAGAGAAGAUAUUGCUAGCUUUGGUCACCAUUUUAAAGUAGCUAUGGUGGAUGACAUUAGCCGUGAUAGUCUUGUAGACGGCGUAAUCACUUCUGUUUCUAUAGGCGGAAGUAUUGGAAAGACAAUGACUACAAGUAUUUCAACGACUGGUGGACCCGUAGCAGAUAUUUAAGGAAAAUCUUCUCCAUAGAUUUUACUAAGGCUUGUGCAAUAAUGGCUUUGCAAUAUUACAAUUUCUACAAUUUUCUUCCGGAGUGCUCUUAUUACAGAUAUACGAAGACUUACUUAUUUAUCAUCCGCCUUAAGAAUAUGCCACAAAAGUUUGUCGAAAAAGUAAUAGCAGUAGGACACAUGUUUUGCACACACCGUAAACUGUUAAGUACAUUAGCGGCACUUCCUCUGCCAAGAAGAAAGGAAAGAGAGGAACGUAUGCGAUGCAUGAAGUGAAUAAUAAUAAAGGCAACGAAAAACUGCUUUAGCGCUUUACCAAAAGUUUUAUUCCAGGACGGAUUCGUUUUCUAGUUAACAUCAAGUUAACAUUUUAACCCUUGUUUAGUAAUAUUUAUAUGCAAGAUAUUUUUUAAAUUGAUUUAUAAAACCAACUGGCAAACAUUGCCUUAUUAUUAUACAUAAUUAUUAUAGAGACCCCAUAUUACCGAUGUAUACAUUUUAUAGAUCUAGCUUAAAGAAAGGCCGCAAAGAAUUAGACAAAUUCUAUAGAGUUCAUAUAUUUUUAAUAUAUACAUAAAAUCAGCACUGAUUAAGAAAGGAAUAUUUGCAUUUUAACAGUCCUAUUAUAUUUAAAUUAAAAAAAAUAACACUACUAUUUAUUAAGUAUUGCUUAAACAUUUAAAAUAUUUUUAGAGUUUAUGUCUAAUUUAUCUAAUUACUUUAUUUUUAAUUAUCGAUAAAUUAAAAUAAAGAAAUAUUUGUAUCUUGAUUCCUGUGUAGAAGGAAAAUCCAAUAUAAUGUAGAAUUUAGUUUAAAAGCAGCCUUCUAUAAGCUUUUAAAAAUGUGGCAAAGAUUUGUAAACCAGUCAUCGUAUGUACCGUAAUAUUAUUUUUUAGGUUUCAAAAUUUAUUGAUAUAGGUAAAUAAAUAUAUAAAACUGUAAAUACUAGAUGGUCUUUAUAUAAAUUGUUAAUUAACAGUUAAAUAAUAUUGUUGAAAAGUCUACUAUGAAUCUGACGUUAAAACGGAGUGUAUGGUUUAGUAGGGUGUUUUAA